GAUCAAGAGCCGCUUGUCAGGGUUGCAGUGCUGUUGUGGCGGCUGGCUGUGAGGGAGGCCCGGCCUGCUCCCUGGGAUUUGAAGGCCGCCAUGUUGGCCGCUGUCUGAGCAACGUCACAGAGCAGGGAGAGUGAGAGGAAGGGACGCCGAUAAUCGGCGUCCAUCUGUUGUUCCACCAGCUCGCAGAGGGCCGGUCAGCGCACGGCGAGCACCAUGAGCGGCGGCACUCCGUACAUCGGCAGCAAAAUCAGCCUCAUCUCGAAGGCGGAGAUCCGAUAUGAAGGGAUUCUGUACACCAUCGACACCGAGAACUCCACCGUCGCUUUGGCCAAAGUUCGCUCGUUUGGGACUGAGGAUCGGCCUACGGACAGACCAAUCCCACCACGUGAUGAAGUAUUUGAGUACAUCAUAUUUCGGGGGAGUGAUAUCAAAGACCUCACUGUCUGUGAGCCUCCAAAGCCUCAAUGCUCUCUACCACAGGAUCCUGCCAUUGUUCAGUCUUCACUUGGGUCGUCCUCAAACUCAUCUUUUCAGUCAGUUGGCCCCUAUCCACCAUUCAGCAGAAUGCCAGCGUACAGCCAGUUUGGACCAAGCCCACUUGUGACACAGCAGUACAAUGCUGUGGGUGUUGGAGGCCCCUCGUCUUCUUUCAACAGCAACAAAACCAGCUUUGCGUCACUUACACAGACCAGCUCUCUGGGUUCCACCAUCAAACCCGACACAAGUUCGCUGAAAUUGCACUUAGCUUUUCAGGGGCGAUCAAGUCCAAAACUGGAGUCCUUAAGGAAAAGUCCAACAAUGGAACAGGCAGUGCAGACGCAUACUUCGCAAGCACCUGUAGGUAGGAGGAGCCCUGUGCUAACUCGACCUCUUCCAUCAGUCCAGCAUAAACCAGUGGAUACUCAUGAUUCAAGGAAAGUUUUUGAAUCACAGAAAUGUCUGCGGCCAGAGAAUGAUCACUUUAAGAAUGAAAAUCGGGAACCAAACAGGAGGACAUCAGGGGGUCAGAAUGCCCGGCGAGGCCGUGGUGGAAGCCGGGGAAGGGGCAGGUUCGCCGUCAGACGGGACGGCCCAGUUAAGUUCGAGAAAGACUUCGACUUUGAGAGCGCAAAUGCACAAUUUAACAAAGAGGAUAUUGACAGGGAGUUCCAGAAUAAACUGAAAUUGAAAGAUGAUAAGCAGCCAGAUAAAAUAGAGAAGGCAAUAAAUGGUGAAGAUAAAGGAGACUCAGGGAUUGAAACACAGAACAGCGAAGGGAAUGCUGAUGAAGAAGACACUUCGGGACCGAAAUGCUAUUAUGACAAAACCAAAUCAUUUUUUGACAACAUCUCUUGUGAUAAUGCGGCAAGUUACUUUUCUUCCAGGGACCGGAGACCCACUUGGGCCGAGGAGAGGAGGAUAAAUGCGGAAACGUUUGGAAUCCCCCUGCGUCCGAUGCGUGGUCGAGGAGGUUACAGAGGCCGUGGUGGCUACGCAUACAGGGGUGGGAGAGGCCGCGGGGGCAGAGGGAACAAUUAUGGCCCUCCCCGUGGAGGUUACCGUGGAGGAUAUCGAGGCGGACGCGGUGGAGACAGAGAGUUUUCAGACUUCGAAUACAGGAAGGACAAUAAAGUCGCUGCAUAGUAUACAAGAUGAUGUUCACAAAAGAAGGACUUAAGAUCUACUUGGUCCAGAGAAUUUGUUUAGUUUCAAACUUAUUUUUGACAGCAAGGAUGAAGAAUUGAAUUUGCUGUUCAUCUGUCACCAGCACUGGUAUUUACGUGCUUGACUUCAAAGGGGGAACGCGCAAUAUCUUGUUGUGAAGAAGGUUCGUCUUUCUGAUGUUGAGCAUUAAAUAUUUGUCUUUGAAAUAGAAGGAAGAUUUGUAAAUGUAUACAUGAGACAAAAAAUACAACUAGUACGUUGGAGCUUUCCAGUAUUUUUGCAUUGAUAAUGAGAGCGCUUUCUUAUUACUGAAAAUGUUUGAUAAAAUGCAGUCAGUUGCAAGAAAUACUGUAUGCAGCCGGCCAUCUACUGUGAUUGCAUUCUGACCCGCUGAGAUUCACAGGAAAUUACAUUGAAAGCUUUUAAGAUUUAUUUUUCUUGGUGAAACAGUAAAACAGCUUUAUUGUGCGUAGGACAAAAAUACUCAAACUUAACACACGGCUGUGCUUAUUUUAAAGAGGGGAAAGAUUGGAUCAGACAUGUGUCGUGACAUGUUCCUCUGGAGAUGUCUCAUCAUAACCACCCCCUCCCCUCCUCUUGGGAGGAGAUGUUGCAAAUUUCUGCUUUAGGAAGGUGUUCCCCAUAGAAUUUUUUUGAUUUUGAACAAAAAACGAGGGAAAAAAGUUUAAAAAUUCAUAGUUUUCUUUUAAUUCAGUAAAUUUAGCUAAGGCGCAUAAAGGGAUCCAAAGAGGAAUAAUUUUUGAAAUAAUGUAGAUAUUAUGUGAACAAUUUUUGAACUCCAUUGUUGCAAGUAAUAUAUAGUGUAUGGUUAGUCCCCUGAUAAUGUAUUCCCACAGAUCGAGGUUGAAGGUACAAGAGAAGAAAUUCCUCUACUGUUGUUGUUCAUCUGUCAUCUAUUCCUUCCAACGCUUGCCAUAUAACAAUAAAAGUAACUGUACACUAAGUAUAAUUGAAUGGCUAACUAAUGUCAGUCGUGAGUUUGAGGAAGUAAGUUCAGUCACUUGAGACUUUGCGCUUGUGCUUCAUGAUAUCCAAGCUGCUUGAUUUGAAUUAUAUUUGUGGUACCUGCGGCAGAUCUAAUCUGAUUUUCGUUUUAUUUGAAUUCUUCAUACACUCUGGGCGGAGGAAAGUAAAGCUCUAUUUGAUCAGGGGUGAGGUGUAACAAGGAAUCCAGGUUAAAAGCUUCAGGCGUAGCAGAAGCUGCCAUCAUUCUGGCCUUCGAUGGGGCAGAUGUCAUUCAUGAGUUUGCUCCCUGCUGCACCACAUAAGUCUUCCUUCAAUUUAAAAAUAAAGCAGGAACAUCAUGCUUAGGAAAAGCAUUAACAAGUUUAUAAUUUCCAAGGAAUUUUAUGUAUUAUAAAAUGGGUUGGGGGCAGGGAUUGGGAACACAGUGGUUAAGGGAAGGUGAGGAAGUGACCCGUUGCAGUUCAGGGAUGACUCGCACCAAUAAGAAGUCCAACUUUGACCCACCUACAUGGCAUUGUAAUGAGUGUUUUUUACAGAAUGAAUCCCAAAUAUCUGAAAAGUUGAAUUGAUUGAGUAAUCCUGACGUGCGCUAACAACAACUUCUUGAACGAUUCGAUGAAAAUCCAGACCGACCAAAGAUUGGUGAUAAUAUGCCACCGUUAGGAUGGUACCUGAUGCUGCUUUGAAUCGAACUGCCCCUCCUGAGAAUUGACUGUAAAUAGGGUGAUUUCUGUGAAGAUAGAACUUUUCCUACGUUUCCAUCCUCCCCCACUUUGCUCUCAAUACUAGUCAGUGGUCUCGAUAUUUACAGAAAAUAUUCUGGUGUACUUAUACCUCACUGACUUGACAUGCAGUUAUUAUUCAAUGAUGAUAAAUAAACCUGCUGCUUGGCCA